AUGUCUUCCUCCUCCCAUGAUACCCCUCAACAGGAGAAAAUAAUCUCGAAUUUUGAGGCAAGGACUCACGACCUGUUCUCAAGUUUUAAAGGCAAAGACACUCGUGCUACCUUCAUUCACGACGUGUUCUUAAGUUUUAGAGGCGAAGACACUCGUGCUACCUUCACUUCACAUCUACACGAUUCCCUUCAAAACGCUGGAGUUCAUGUUUUCCAGGACGAUCAUUCGCUUCAAAGGGGAGCCAACAUUUCAGCAUCACUCAUUCAAGCAAUUGAAGGCUCUCGAAUUUCUGUUAUCGUUUUUUCAGUUAAUUACGCCGGAUCCCGAUGGUGUUUAGAAGAGCUGGUCAAAAUAAUGGAGUGUCACAGAACCAAUGCUCAAAUUGUUCUCCCGGUCUUCUACGGUGUAGAUCCAUCUGAAGUACGUCACCAAACUGGUGAAUUUGGAAAAUCCUUUCGUCUUCUUUUGGAGAGGAUUUUACACGAAAAUGGCAAGGGCAUAGAUUUGAACUUGGGGUUGAGUUAUACAAUAAACUUCUUCCCUCAAUAUCCUGAGUUUUUUCAAUAUCCCGAGCUUCGCCAGGCUGCUAGCCUUGCUGGCUUCGUAGUCCUAAAUUCAAGGAAUGAACAUGAGGCUAUCAAGGAUAUUGUUAAAAAUGUCACGCGUUUGCUUGACAAGGCAGACCUAUUUAUUGCUAAUAAUCCAGUGGGAGUUGAAUCUCGAGUGCAAGAUAUGAUUCAACUGCUACAAAAGGAUAUCAAACAAUCAAAUGAUGUUCUCCUACUAGGAAUGUGGGGUAUGGGAGGAGUUGGUAAAACAACCAUUGCCAGAGCCAUUUACAAUAAAAUUGGCCACAAUUUUGACGGGAGAAGCUUCCUUCCAAAUAUUCGGGAAGUUUGGCAGGAAAAUGCUACCCAAGUGAACUUACAAGAAAAACUCCUCUUUGAUAUUUUUAAAGAAAUGACAACCAAAAUACAAAGCAUUGAGAACGGAAAAAUCAUAUUAAUGGAUAGACUCCGCCAUAAAAGAGUGCUAAUUAUACUUGAUGAUGUUAAUACAUUGGACCAACUCAAUGCUUUGUGUGGAAGUCAUACAUGGUUUGGUGCAGGGAGUAGAAUAAUCAUCACCACAAGAGAUAGACAUAUACUUCGUGGAAAUAGGGUUAACCAAGUAUACAAAAUGAAGCAUAUGGAGGAAAGUGAAUCAAUUGAGCUAUUUAGUUGGCAUGCAUUCAAACAACCAAGUCCAACAGAAGAUUUUGCUGAAAUUUCUAGAAAUGUAGUUGAGUAUUCUGGUGGAUUGCCGCUGGCUUUGGAAGUCCUUGGGUCGCAUUUGUUUGAUAGGGGGAUAACCGAGUGGCAUAGUGUAUUGGGGAAACUCAAAAGAAUUCCUAACGACCAAGUACAAAAGAAGCUCAAAAUAAGCUAUGAUGGUUUAAAUGAUUAUACCGAGAAAGAAAUAUUCCUUGACAUAGCUUGUUUCUUUAUUGGGAUGAAUCGAAAUGAUGUUAUGCUUGUAUUAAAUGCCUGUGGACUUUUUGCAGAAAUUGGAAUAAGUAUCCUUGUUGAGCGAAGCCUUGUAACUGUUGAUGAUAAGAACCAACUUGGAAUGCACGAUUUGCUUCGAGAUAUGGGAAGAGAAAUCGUUCGUGAGAAAUCACCAGAGGAGCUUGGGGCGCGUUGUAGGUUGUGGUUUCAUGAUGACGUGCUUGAUGUAUUAUCAGAUCAAUCUGGAACAAAAGCUACCAAGGGGUUGUCUUUGAAGUUGCCAAGAGCUAAUGCAAAAUAUUUUAGUACUAAUGCAUUUAAGAAGAUGACGCAACUCAAACUGCUUCAACUUGCUGGAGUAAAACUUGAUGGAGAUUUUGAAUAUCUUUCAAGCAGUUUAAGAUGGCUGUCAUGGAAUGAAUUUCCUUUAACGCACAUACCUAUAAAUCUUUGUCGAAGAAAUUUAGUUUCCAUCGAGUUAGAGAGUAGCAAUGUCAACAUUUUGUGGAAAGAUGCUCAGAUGAUGACAUAUCUGAAAGUUCUCAAUCUUAGUCAUUCACAUUGUCUGACACACACCCCUGAAUUUUCAUACAUGCCUAAUCUUGAAAAGCUAGUACUCGAAGACUGUUCAAGGUUGUCUGAGAUUUCUCCUAGCAUUGAACAUCUGAGUAAAAUUCUUCUGAUAAAUUUGGAAGACUGCAUUAGCCUUUGUAGCCUCCCAAGAAGCAUCUAUAAGUUGAAAUCUUUGAAAACUCUCAUUCUUUCUGGUUGUAUAAAGAUUGACAAGUUGGAAGAGGAUUUGGAACAGAUGAAAUCUUUAACCACCCUGCUUGCAAAUAACACUGCAAUAACAAAAGUGCCCUUUUCAGUGGUACGGUCCAAAAGCAUUGGAUAUAUUUCUCUGUGCGGCUAUGAAGGAUUGUCUUGUGAUGUGUUUCCAUCUAUCAUUUGGUCUUGGAUGUCACCAACAAAUAAUGUCAAAUUCCCACUUCAAACAGUUUCUCCCUUGUCAUCUCUUGUUGCUUUAGGUGUACCAAGUAGUAGUUCUCACGAACUAUCAUCUUUUUCUAACCACCUUCCAAAACUCCGAAGUCUUUGGGUGGACAGCAACUCAGAAUAUCAACUUUCUCUAGAUGCAAAAAUAAUUUUGGAUGCUUUAUAUGCCACAGUUUCUAAGGAAUUUGAAUCAACUGCAACUACAUCUCAAGUAUUAGACAUGACUACUUCUACAUUAAUUCAACGCCGCAGUCAAAUGCAGGUUUUGGGAUCAAAACAUUUCAUGAAUUCUCUUUUCAUUCAAAUGGGAAUGGAUUGCCAAGUCACCAAUAUUCUCAAAGAGAAAAUUUUACAGAAUAUGAAUAUGGAUGUCAAUGGGAGUGGUGGUUGUUUGUUCCCGGGUGAUAGCUAUCCAGAUUGGUUAACCUUUCAUUCUGAAGGUUCUUCGGUAACUUUUAAAGUCCCUCAAGUAGAAGGGCGUAACUUGAAGACAAUGAUGUGUAUUGUCUAUACUACGACUCUAGAUAACAUAACAACAGAUGGCCUUAAAAAUUUGCUAGUAAAAAAUUACACAAAGGCCACCAUUCAGCUCUAUAAGAGAGAGGCAUUAGUCUCCUUGGAAGAUGAAGAGAGGCGGAGAGUAGUAUCAAGUUUAGAACCUGGUAACAAAGUGGAGAUUGUUUUUGUUUUUGAGAACAGUUUGGUUGUGAAGAAGAUAGCGGUUUAUCUUAUAUACGAUAAACCAAUUGGUAAAAUUAUGGAUCUAUGUCAUUUACCAGAUUUGAAUGUCGUUGCAUGUUGUGAUGAUGAAAAUGAAUGCUCUGUCAAGAGAUUUUCUACUCGAGAAGAUCCCACAGAUGACUUCGAUCAGAACAGAAAGAAGAAAAAUCGAGUGGAAUGA